AUUUCAUACUGUAUGUGAGAAUUUGGUCGUUCGAGUCCCUUUGGCCUUGACGCUUUCCCCAUGGUUUCGCAGUAUUAGCAAGCCAACAUGGUGAGUCCUUCUUUUCUACAAUUGAUGGCUUCAUUUUUAAAUUUUACGAUUUAGAGUCUUGCGCUAGGAAUCUUGCAAGUCGUCACUGAACAAACCGAUGAGAAGAUAAUGUAUGUGGCGGUCGAGAACUGCAAUGGACACCUAUGUAUAUAAAGGGGUAUCCCGUCCUUUACGCCCAGCUUAGUAGCUAAAUGUAACUAUUGUUAGGACAAUUUAAUGUGGUGGUCAUCGAAGCAGCAGAUUAAAGAUGGCAGACACUUCUCUAUUUAAGAUCACUCCGGAAAAGGAAGCGACGAUAUCUCAAUACUUUUAUCGCCAGUUCUUUGGGAAGACGCCGGUUAUUACUAAGAACGAUGUAGAUUUAGCUGGCAAGACGGCUAUAGUAACGGGUUCCAAUACAGGUAUUGGAUUAGAGGCUGUGCGCCAACUCCUAGAUCUGGGGUUGAGCAAAGUCAUCCUUGCUGUACGCGAUGUUGCAAAAGGGGAGACUGCUCGCAAGGAGCUCUCUGCCGGACGAGAUAGGGCUCACGAUAUUGAAAUCUGGAGCUUAGAUUUGGCUUCAUAUUCAUCCAUCCUUGAAUUCUCACACCGGGCAAAAACACUAGACCAUCUAGAUAUCGUCAUCUUGAACGCCGGUCUAUACAAGGUGACGGAGUCGUUCAACUCCUCGACUGGCUUUGAAGAAGCGGUUCAAGUCAACUACCUCUCAAACGUCCUAUUGAUGUGCCUACUGUUACCCACGCUGAAGAAGAAGGCGCAGAUGCUCCCUGCUCGGAUGGUCCUCGUCUCCUCAGAUACUGCAGCCUGGGUGCACUUCAAACCGAGUGGGCCGAUUCUAUCAUCUUUCAAGCUGAAAGCCGAGAAAUGGAACAUGCAAGAGCGAUACGGAACAACAAAGCUGCUGGGACAGAUGUUUGUCACGAUGCUGAGCAAACAUGUGUCGUCAUCAAUCGUCACAAUCAACGCCUCCAAUCCCGGUUUUUGCUAUGGAACUGAGCUUCAGCGUGAAGGCGCUGGCCAGUUUCUGGGUUAUGUUGUGGCAAUCAUCACCCGAUUGAUCGGCAAGCCAGUGCCUCUCGGUGCUCGCACAAUUGUUCAUGCUGCUUGCAACUUUGGCACAGAGGUACACGGCCAGUACGUUGAAGACGGAGAAAUCAGACCAAAAGCUGCCAUGAUAUACCAACCAGAGGGAAUGAAACUUUGCGAGCAGUUGUGGGAAGAGACUUUGGAUGAACUUUCAUUUGCUAACGUCAAGGAGUGUAUCAAGGAAGCCAGUAAAUAGCUAGUGUUCGGUAAUUUCCAUUGACUACUGUGGC